GCCGCGAGAAGUGGGGCUCAGGUGUAAGAGGAGUGCAUCCCGUCGGCGCGCGGGGCUAGAGCUGUUGGGGAAGCGGGACCGCGAGGCCGGCGCGCGGCGCUCUGCGCGGUCAGAGGGAGCGCCUGGCAGCAGCAGGAGCAGCAGCAGCAGCCCGCGGCGCGGCCGCCGCCAGCCGCCGCCACCGCCGCGGCUGCAGCCUCCGAAGGGAGGCCGGGUGAGCCGGCGUACGCACUUUCCCGCGGACUUUCGGAGUGUUUGUGGAUAUACUUGCCAAGCCGCCACGAUGAUGUCCAUGAACAGCAAGCAGCCUCACUUUGCCAUGCAUCCCACCCUCCCUGAGCACAAGUACCCGUCGCUGCACUCCAGCUCCGAGGCCAUCCGGCGGGCCUGCCUGCCCACCCCGCCGCUGCAGAGCAACCUCUUCGCCAGCCUGGACGAGACGCUGCUGGCGCGGGCCGAGGCGCUGGCGGCCGUGGACAUCGCCGUGUCCCAGGGCAAGAGCCAUCCUUUCAAGCCGGACGCCACGUACCACACGAUGAACAGCGUGCCGUGCACGUCCACUUCCACGGUGCCUCUGGCGCACCACCACCACCACCACCACCACCACCAGGCGCUCGAACCCGGCGAUCUGCUGGACCACAUCUCCUCGCCGUCGCUCGCGCUCAUGGCCGGCGCGGGCGGCGCGGGCGCGGCGGCCGGCGGCGGCGGCGCCCACGACGGCCCGGGGGGCGGUGGCGGCCCGGGCGGCGGCGGCGGCCCGGGCGGCGGCGGCCCCGGGGGCGGCGGCGGCGGUGGCGGCCCGGGGGGCGGCGGCGGCGGCCCGGGCGGCGGGCUCCUGGGCGGCUCCGCGCACCCUCAUCCGCAUAUGCACAGCCUGGGCCACCUGUCGCACCCCGCGGCGGCGGCCGCCAUGAACAUGCCGUCCGGGCUGCCGCACCCCGGGCUGGUGGCGGCGGCGGCGCACCACGGCGCAGCAGCGGCAGCGGCGGCGGCGGCGGCCGGGCAGGUGGCAGCGGCAUCGGCGGCGGCGGCCGUGGUGGGUGCAGCGGGCCUGGCGUCCAUCUGCGACUCGGACACGGACCCGCGCGAGCUCGAGGCGUUCGCGGAGCGCUUCAAGCAGCGGCGCAUCAAGCUGGGCGUGACGCAGGCCGACGUGGGCUCGGCGCUGGCCAACCUCAAGAUCCCGGGCGUGGGCUCACUCAGCCAGAGCACCAUCUGCAGGUUCGAGUCGCUCACGCUGUCGCACAACAACAUGAUCGCGCUCAAGCCCAUCCUGCAGGCGUGGCUCGAGGAGGCCGAGGGCGCCCAGCGCGAGAAAAUGAACAAGCCUGAGCUCUUCAACGGCGGCGAGAAGAAGCGCAAGCGGACUUCCAUCGCCGCGCCCGAAAAGCGCUCCCUCGAGGCCUACUUCGCCGUACAGCCCCGGCCCUCGUCCGAGAAGAUCGCCGCCAUCGCCGAGAAACUGGACCUCAAAAAGAACGUGGUGCGGGUGUGGUUUUGCAACCAGAGACAGAAGCAGAAGCGGAUGAAAUUCUCUGCCACUUACUGAGGGGGCUGGGAGGUGUCGGGCGGGAUAGAAUGGGGAGCUGAGGAGGCAUUUUUGGGGGGCUUUCCUCUGCUUGCCUCCCCUCGGAUUUGGAGUGUCCGUUAUCCUGCCUGCGUUUGGGGAGUCCCUUCUCGCUCUCUUUCCUCCACCCAUUCUCUGAUUUUCCUGCCUUUGCUGUCCCCUAGCCUUGAGGACUGGGGUGCUGGGUGUGGGGAUUGGAGUAUAGGGUAGGGGAGAAGGGGGGGAGCAUUCGGGGGAGUGGGGAGUGGGGGGAAGGAAAGCGGAGACUCGAGCAGGGGUUUUAAGGAGCAGGAUGGUUCUGGGGUUUGGGUGGGGGGAGACGCGGGAAGGGUAGGAAAAUGGACUGUUUCUGACCAGAGACACUUACCUAAAUAUCCUGGGGACCAAGGAACUAUGUACAAAAACAAACCUACCAACCACCAAAAACUAGACAAAUAAAGACAAACUAAAACAAAACAGAACAAAAGCAAAGGAAAAUGCUUUAGAAAUUUUAACUCCGGGGAGCCAUAAUCUGCAACUUCAUUUUCCCCCAUAGAAGAGAAAAAAGAGCACCACCAUUAUUACCACCUCCUCAACCCUACACACACGAACUGAGUCGAAAAACGAAAACCAAACGAGCGAGAAGUUGAAGUUCUGGGUAUCAAAGCUAGUUGUUCUGUCUGCGUGUUUAAUUUUUCCCUCUCUCACCUGCAUCCCAUCCAUAUCCUCUUUAUUUCCUCCGUUCCAAUGAGAGGCCUAUGGCUGCUCUCCAAUCCCGGGAAGUGAGUGGGAGCACAGCUGAAAAGAGAGGGUCAGGGGGAGGCUGGCUGCUUGCUUAGGUGGAAUCCAAGUUUUCCCGUGGCCCUGCCUAUACUCUGGUGGCCUGGUCCUGUUGGGAUGGGGGUCUUUGGAGAGAAGGGCAUAGUCUUUGAGCUAACUAAAAAGCAGAAUUCCGGAGCUUCGAGAUAUCUUAUUCUAGAAAAAUGAAACAAUUUUAACAACAGUUUUUUUUCCUCUUAUGUCGAAGAUCUAGUUUUAGACAAUUUCAAAAUAAGCUUUUCCCACUCAUAGAACUUUAACUUGCCCUUUCAGUUUUAUCUUUUUUUAGAGAGAGGUUUAAACUACUGAUUUUUCCUGUUGAUUGAAAUAGACUAAUGGGGUGAAAGUUAUUAGGAGAGAUACUCUCUCCUGUUUUCUCCACUGAACGAGACUCAUCUUGCUCUUCUAGGUCCCGUUUCUUCCUCUCUUGGAGGACAUGAAAUUAUAGAAAUGUUGAGAAGUUCCUGCUUUCUUUUGCGGUAGGACUUGGCUGUGAGAAAAUCACCUAAAUCCCAGAAAAGAGGAAGACAGAUUUAAAGUGCCCCCACCCUCAUUUGUUUCAAAGAGGUCUGCAUGUUGGGGGAAAACAGAACAACUGUGUUUCCUUUUACUUGUUCUUAUUAUUCAAGAGUCAUUUAUUACUGGGGAUAAAUGUUGGGUAGCAAGAACUUUAAUUUGCACUACCAGUCUCCCAAAUAGAAAAUCAUGUAUAGUAUUUCAUAGUAAUAAUCAGGUACCUUACAAGCUGCUGGUGGAUUUUAAAAAAUUAAGAUAGUUGAAGGUGGUUAGGUAAAAUGCCUGCUUUGUGUACAAGAUACUCUUUGGAUCUCUCGUAGAGAUGGUUUUUACCAUCCUUUAAUCAUAACUAAAACAUUGAAAACAGAACAAAUGAGAAAAGAAAAAAAACCUGCCGAUUAACAAGACUGAAAUCAUGCAUGAUCUGAAAGGUGUGGAAAGAAACACAAUUAGGUCUCACUCUGGUUAGGCAUUAUUUAUUUAAUUAUGUUGUAUAUCAUUGUUUGCAGGGCAAACAUUCUAUGCAUUUGAAACUGAGCACUAAACUGGGCUAGCUUUCUGGUAGACCGUUUUGUGGAUAGUGCGAUUUCACAGUCUACUGCCUGUUUCCACUGAAAACACAACAUUUUUGUCAUAUUCUUGUAUUCAAAGAAAAAGGAAAAAAGAUUAUUGUAAAUAUUUUAUUUAAUGCACACAUUCACACAGUGGUAACAGACUGCCAGUGUUCAUCCUGAAAUGUCUCACGGAUUGAUCCACCUGUCCAUGUAUGUCUGCUGAGCUUUCUCCUUGGUUAUGUCUUUUCUCUUUUACCUUUCUCCUCCCUUACUUCUAUCAGAACCAAUUCUGUGCGCCAAAAUACAACAGGGGGAUGUGUCCCAGUACACUUACAAAUAAAACAUAACUGAAAGAAGAGCAGUUUUAUGAUUUGGGUGCAUUUUUGUGUUUAUACUGGGCCAGGUCCUGGUAGAACCUUUCAACAAACAACCAAACAAAAAGAAAACACAAAGAAAUGGGGGGAGGGUAGGGUGUUGAAGGGGGACAAAAAGGGGAGAGAUUGAGAAUGAUGUAUUUUUUUGCUGAAUCAGAAUUCACUUUCAGAUAACUCGUGAAAAGUGGUGCUCUAAAUAAAAUGAAUUCUAUAUUAGUUGCCUGUGUUUAUAAAAGUUAUUAUUUUUUAACUGCAGAAACUCUUAAACCACAGCACUUGAUCCAGAGUGGUGAAAACCAAUAAAUAACCAGGCACCCAAAAAACAUUUAAAUUUAGGGUCAGGGACAGAGGAAUUUGGAGGUUUAGAUGUGAUAUUCUAGCCUAAAAACACCUAGUAACUGAAUGGCUUUUCUUUGGAGGGUAAUACAUUUUAAAACAUUUAGUGUGCCACCUACUGCUCCAGAGUGACUAGAGAGCCUCUAUUUCUUGGUGACUUGGGACUAGAUCAGAUGCCAAAUGUACAAAGUUUCUUAAGACCUGAGAUUAUAUCAUCUGAAGUCAUCUUAUUUUAGCCAAAUCUUUUUAAUUUCACCGGCAAAUCUGUGAAGCAAAACACUUGAUGUUCAAAAAGAAUAGUACAUUUUAAAAGCUGUGAUUUUAAACAGUUGUUAAUGUUAAAAAAAAAAAAAAGCACUAGAGGUAUUUUUAAACAUAGAACUCUUCCAUAAAAAGUUGAUUUGUUUUUGCUGUUAUUGACUUGAAACAUCAUCAGUUUUAAAUAAAAUGCAUUUGUAAAAAACCCGUUAUUUUAUAGAAAAGUAUGACUGGAUUUCAUUGUUGGAAAAACAGGACAGAACAAAUGAAAAGAUUUACAAAGGUUUUUUUUUUUUUUUUUUUUUUAAAGUCUGCCUCAAGCAGAAAUGUUGCAGGCAAACACAUGUGUAUUAUAUAAUAAUGAUCAAUAUAGGUAUUAAGAAUUUAAGGAUUUGCUUUAAAUAAAACCUUUACCACGUAAAAAUAAGAGUAUUAUGUUAAUAAAACAUCAUGAAAAUGAAUUUCCUAUUUUAUGUAGUAGGAAACUGUGCAAAACAAAAAAUGCUUUGCUUUCUGGUAAGUGAAUCUAUAUAUGGCUUGAAGAAGUAGUAAGACUAUUCUAAGACGCCUUUAACUGUCAAUCCAUGAAAAAAAACAAAAAGGGACCUCCUGAAGAGGCCAAACUAUCAUUGAAGUGGGUGUCAAUGAGUGAUAGUGUGGCCUUUCAAAGUUUUCUAGUUCUGAAGAGAAGUUCACUCUAAGCGGAUUCCUCCACCAGUUUUGGGGUGAAUAUGAUAAAAUGUGUGUCCCGGAUUCUUUUAAAGAAUAAUCUCAAAAUAAGUUUGAGAGAGUGGGAAAAUUGGGCUCCGUUUGCAUUUCAGCUUCUCAGGAAAUCCAGGCGGCGGCGGGGGUGGAAUAGGAAAAGCAAAAGACAAAUAAGCAUUAAAGCAUCUGCCACAUUUAUGCCAUCCAUUUGUCUUAAAUUUCAUCUUUUCCCCAGUUCUAGCUCCAGGUCGUGUUCCCUCUGUAGGUCUAAAAAAAUCAUGUCCUCAAGACCCAUCAACUAACUUCUGAAUAAUUUUUGUUUAAUGCGUGUUCUGAAAUUGCUCUCAACUUCGAUUACAGUUUCAUAAACUGUAGGCACCCACUGCCGUGAUUGUAUCGAUUUUUGUUUUCUUGUGAUACUGAGACUACUUCGGUCCGGUUCCUCCUACACGUGGCAGCGCACGUGAGAGAACAGGGCGCCCCAAGCCCGCAGGACUCACUCAGGGAGCCCUGCCCUCUGCCUCUGCCCCGCCGCCUCGGCCUCUCCUGAUCGCACCUGGCACCUGCGUGAAGUAUCCCUACUCAUCUUUCAAGUUGAUAGGCUUUCGCAGUUUUUCGUCCGUGAAGUUGGAACUGGGGCUUCUGAUCCUGGCUAAAACUAGCCUUUCCCACCCCAUUCGAACGGCCUUGGUGGCCAGCGGGAUGAUAAAGGUGAUGACAAUUAAUACUGGUACAGUUCUGCCAUCGGUGUUAUUGCCAUCUCAGUCUUAGCGCCACGAUGACAGCCACGCAGUCCUUUCGAGCUGUUUCAAAAAAGACCGCAAGCUUAAUUGAUUUUUUAAAAUAGCAGCCGAAUUCUAAUUCACACGAGGUCCUCUUUUCCACUUGUGAGAUAAGCCUUGUCGCAAACAUUACGUUAUUUAAUGUUUGAUCAAACCUUCCUGCCACCGCGGCUUCUGGCGCGGGGCUGGCUCACGGGGCAUCGGGUGAGCUGAGCGGUCAGAGCCAGCCCGGCGCGCGUGGGGAAGGCGCGCGGCCGCCCCGCUCCGGUUGGCUUACUCUUUGAAUAAUUUAUGGUCGGAGAGUUCUGGAAAUAAAAUGAAUUAUAACAAGGAGCUAAUUAAAAACUUUCGUAAUUGUUGUCAAGUCAGCUUUACCGGAGGACGGGCAGCCCCCCGAUUCCCUCCCCGAAAUCCGGUGGAUCUGCAGGGCGGGGCGCGGAUCCGGAGGCUGCAAACUUCAGCAGCCCAGCGCUGUUCCGACUCCGGGGAGUUAUUCUGGAGGCCUCCUCGUGGGGCAGCUCCCUCUCCAGCUGCACUCCGCAGCUCGCAGGUCUCCAGGGCAUAACUUUCAGACUUCGGGGCGGGUGGGUCGGCGCGUGCAGUUUCAAACCAUCGGCAGAGCUGAUUGGGUUGAAUUUGAAGCCAGGAGGGGACCCGCCCUACCCUCACUCACGCAGGGUUCUCGUUCACCCACCCACCCAACCCCGGCAUCCCAGCGCCUUCAAGGGCACCAGCCGCGGUUCUCCGGGUGGCGGCGAAGGGACCGCCGCUCAUCCUGCCUGCAUCCCUCCGCCGCCUGCCUGGAGAAGCAGCAGCCCACAGGCUUCCAGCUGCCCGAGGUCGCAGCUCCGCUCGGACUGCAGGACAGCUACCGGCCUGCGGGCCCUGGCGUGGAUUCGACUGUGCCGGGGAGAACCCGAGGUCAACGGCCUUAGGCCGGGGCAUCCGGCGCGCGUGCGCAGAGUGGCCAGCGGGUGCGCACCGCGGGGAGCCGGGAAGGAAGAGGCGCGCUCUGCGCCGCGCAGAGCCCGCACAUGCGUAUUGGCGCGCGCCUGGUCCCCUCGGAGAAGUGGGCCGAAGUUCCGCGGCUCAAAAUUAGGCGCUCCCAGAGGUCACCUCCAACUCUUACGUGCCCUUCAGGACGUUCUGAGAGAAAAGGGAUGGACCAAUAUCUCAAAGCGGUUAAAAAAACCCUCUCCCCAGUUGCAUAAGUCAACAGUCUCAAGCACCACAAAACUUUCACAACUGCCGUACACUUUUUAAAAAGAACUGGAAGGCAUACGAGGUUGGCUUUUGUUUUGUUGCUAAGAUGCGUAUUACCAAAACCCUGCUACAGAUUUGAAUUUAUCCGGCAGGGAUUUAUACCCGGGGCGAAAUGCAGCCUGGCCGCUAGGCUUUCGUCCUGGGGAAUUCAAGUGGAAUCCUGAAUCGCAAAGCUGAAGUUGAAAAUCUCGGUUCGGUGAGAAGCCGACAUAGCCCUAGUGUUGAGACCAGCAUCCUGCUCCGGCGAACCAAGGGCUGGAGAGAAGAAGCGCCCGUGUCCCAGUCCCCUCCCCAAGCCUCAUUGGCGAAAGAUAGCUGCUUUCCGAUUGAGGAAAAAAAAAAAAGCGUGGAAGGAAAGUUGUCAAAAGGAGUGGUGGAGGAAGAGACUCCUCGCAUUGAUCAGGCAGCUAUUGAGCUUUUCUAGAAGAAGAGCUGAUGAAAAGAGUCACAGCUGAAUAGUGGAGAGAAAAAGCCCGGUAUUUAUUGCUUUUGUUUGGCUUUUGGCUACAGAGACAGGAACCUUCUAAUGGGAUUGAGAAACUCUCGAGGGCAAGCUGUGUGUCACACUCAUCUAUCGCUGGCACAGAGCAGAGUGUCUGACACAUGAAUUAACAACAACAGAAUGAAGCUCUGGUAGAAUGAAGUGGAAUCCCUGCUGAACCCAGAAGCGAAAGAAGUUAGAGGGAACAGGACUGGAGCCUAUGAAAACAUCUCAGCAGUGAAAGAGGUGCUUACCAAUGGGCAGAAGGGUCACAUAGUAUGAUGAUGUGAUGUGGGAAAGGACACUCCAUCUGCCUGUGUGCCUGAGAAGAUGGAGACCUAGGCUGAAAUAUUCUGGCAUUCAAUAAGGAUUAAUUUGUCUAUAUUAGCUACUGGGUAUUUGAAUUUUAUAAAAUUAUAUUUUAUAGUUGUAUAAUGUUAUAGUUUUAUAAUUUUAUCACCAAAGUUUUUCAAGAUCUCUUUCACUUUGUAUUUUUGCUGGUUUCUUUCUCAAAACACAUGUCUAGUAAUGCCAUUCUCCACUUCAAAGAAUGGGACACAAUUACACAAAGCAUAGAACAAAGCCUAGGUUUCUUUCAUGGCAUUUAUCGUUCUUUGGAAUCUAUUAUAUCUCUUACUCCCUCCACAAACUCUGAUUUUAGCAAUGCUGAAAACACUCGGUGCAGAGACCAAGGUGGAUUCACUUUAUUUCUCCUGUGCUCAGUACAAGCUGUGGCACAGAGUAGGUGGCCAGCGCAUGCUUACUGAACGAAUGGAUGGAUGCAACUAUGGGGCAGUCUCUCAAGCGUGCCUUUCCCCGGUUCUCCUUUACGUUGGCUCGUGCUGCGCUCUCCACCUGGAAAGCCUUUUCCUGCCACUUUCUAUUUUAUUUGUAUCUAUUAUUGCCCUAUGUGUUCAUGUCCAGAGCAAAUGACAGCUCCCAGGGCAACUUUCCUAGAUGUUGGACUUCAUCCCUCUGUGUUCUGAAUCGCCUUAUGAAUAUGGCCUUCAUGGUACUUUUUAUUCUACCCUAGAUGACAGUGUCUGUGGGCAAUUUAUUUCUACCCUGAACAAGAAUAGAACAAGAAUCCUGGGUGAUAGAAGCAGUAUUUUACAGAACUUUUCAUCCUCUGUAAUACUUUGAGGAUUCAAGGGUCUAAGUAAAUCUUAAUUAGCUAGAAUCCUCCCUUUCUGCAUUCCCUCCUCUGUAUCCCCUAAACUUCUCCCUUCAGUUCAUCAUUUUCCUCAGUUCAUGCCUUCCUACCCUGUUUUAAAUGGUAUCCUCUUAAGUCCCACUUUUCUCUCCUGACUCCUCAUCAUAUCUUUCACCCCACUCAUGGAAGCCUGGGCUCAGGUCCUCCUUUUUCUUAUAGGGCCAGCUCCUGCCCCUGCACUUUUUUCUUCUUAUGAGUACUAUAAAGGCAGUAACAGUGACUGUUUUGAAGACACAAAGAGGAGUGUGAGAUAGUUACAAAGAUGGUGGCCCCUUGGCCUGGGGAAUUAGAAUAAAUGACAAAUAAAAAUAUGGAGGUAGAGUAUAUCUCUCUAAGGAAGACUGCUCUCUAUUUGGCUUUAGCCCACAUUGUUGAGGGGGACAUUUUCUUUGAGGAGGUCCUCACUUGCCUUCUCUCUUGUCAGCUCUGCCCCAGAACUCUCCAAGCAACUCCAGGUCACAAAAUAUGAAACAGUAGUAGAUGAGUCAGUCCAUGCCCAAGAAGAGGCUCUAGUGGGGAUUGAUAUGAGGAAAGGUUAUGGAGGCUAGAUCGGGGCCAAGGCAUAGUCCAGGUAGCAAGGGGAUGGUGAGUUAGGCAGGACACCAGGGAAAGGGUGGGAGGUCUAAGAUGCUUUCUUCUCAUCUAUGGUGAGGGCUGGGGAGAAGAAAUGUUAAAGAUGGUCCAAGUUCAUUUAUAUUCACAUCUUCCCAUUUGUCCAGUUCAAUUUCCCUUUAUCCACAUCAUACCAAUACUUCCAUUUUUUUCUUAAAUUCUUUUAUGUAUGCUCUUAUUCUUUUCUAUCCCUAAUAGUACAGUUCUCUUUGUCAUCAUUGUUUGGUCAUCCUGUAUGUUUUUUUAAUAACCUGCAUUUCUCAAUUUGUUUGCUUUUUUGUCCAAGUCCAUCUGAGUCAUGUCUUCAUCUGAGGUGGAUUUAUAUCCUCAUCCUCCACUGAUUCUGUUAUCAUUUUGAGGUGGGGGAGGCCUGUGGCUGGAGGGGAACCUGGGGACGUAUUCUACUUUCUAGCACUAUCUUAAGGAAGACUGCCACCAGGAGUGGGACUUCUCAGUGUUUGGUUCCCACACCUGGACAAAGCAGGUCACAAAGCAGGUCGGGGAUCUGAAGCUCUUUGUCAGAAACUAGCUACAGGUGUGAGGAGGCAGCCAUGGAGAUAGGAAAAGAGAAAUAAGCCUUAGAGAAGUUUUGAGAGAAAUGACACGCCUAUGGCCUUAAAGCUGAGCCACAAGGUGGAGAGAAAGCCUUCUUAUGAGCUUAAAACAUAACCAGGAGCCAAAAAGGUUUAAUCCUUUUUGAUGCCACGUGGAAGGACCAUGAUAUUGGGGUCUUACACCUUCCUUUCAAUAACCUCCCACAAGCUGAGCUAACAAAAGAAUGUUUCUUCAGCAGGCAGGUAUAUGGUAAGUCCAGCUAACUACUUAAAAAAUCUAAAUAUCUAAGACAAUCCCUUAACUUUUCAUUCUUUUCACUCAUUAAUAAGCUGUUUGGUUCCUUUUUCUUUUUAAUUUGUGCAAAUGUACAUAGCACAUGAGAAAUUUUGUUAUGUAUAUAUAAUAUAUAUUGAUCAAGUUAGGGUAAUCAGGGUGUCCGUCACGUAAGUACAAUACAUUUUGUUAAGUAUAGUCAUCCUACUUUGCUAUCAAACACUGAAUUUAUGCAUUCUAUCUUACUGUAUGUCUGCAUCUUUUAACACACUUCUCUCAUCUUGCCCAGUCUUUGUUAUCUAUUUUUCUACUCUCUGUCUCCAUGUGUGCAAAUUUUUUAUCAGCUAGUCAAUUUCUGUGUCUUCAUGUAACUAGUGUGUGCAUGGCAAACCACACUGUACUAAGGACUGAAAUGGGGCUGUAUGGAAUGAGUCAAUUUAUACAAAUAUGUUUGCAGAUAUCAAAAGUGUAUGACAGCCUCAACCCUAAAUUAUUCUGUACCUCCAAAUAAAAGUUUCUUUUGCAAGAAUGGGAGAACUGUAUUAUUCUAUCACUUCUUAAAAUAUUCAUAAAGCAAGGGCCAUC